CUGAGAACAAGGCCAUCAGGGCUCCCGGGGGCCUGGGCUCCAGGCGGCUUACGCAGCACUCGAACUUGCUUCAGAGCCUCCUCCCGCCCAAGAGUGGGGGUAAGGAGGGUCACGAUGGCCUGACCUCAGGAGGAGCCGCGCGGCGGCCGGCUUGCAACAUGGGGAACCAGGAUGGGAAGCUGAAGAGGAGCACAGGGGAUGCUUCUCAUGAAGGCGCUGGCGCCUCCGAAGAUGCUCUUGGGCCCACGGAUGUGGAAGCAGCCAGGAAGGGGAGCGGGGUUAAGAAGGCCCUGAGCAAACAUGGAAAGGGAGGCAGCGGCGGCGGCAGCGGGGAGCCUGGGAAGAAGAAAAGCAAGUCAGACUCCAGAGCCUCCGUGUUUUCCAACCUGCGGAUCAGGAAGAACCUGUCCAGGGCUAAAUCCACGGCCGGCUCACGCGGGGAUGUGCUGGACGGCCAAGCCCUGCAGACUGAAGAGCUGGACAGUGCUCAGUCCCUGGUCACCAAGACCCCGGACCUCAGCCUCUCAGCUGAUGAAACGGGCCUAUCGGAUUUCGAGUGCGUGGACCCUUUUGAGGUGACUGGAGCAGGUAGACCUGGGCCGGCCGAGGCUGAGAUUGGGGGGCAGGCGGUUGCUGAGGAUGUGGUAAGUGCGGCAGGGGCCCAGGAUGGACAAAGGACCAGUUCGGGCUCGGACACAGAUAUUUACAGCUUUCAUUCAGCUACGGAGCAAGAGGAUUUGCUCUCAGACAUCCAGCAGGCGAUCCGCUUGCAGCAGCAGCAGCAGCAGCAGCAACAACAACAAAAACAAGGCUCAGGGGAAACUACAGUGCCGCCCACUGAUACCCCCCCUCAGCCUGGGGCCUCCCUGAGUCUGGACCAGUUCCUGCUGGGGUUCAGCGUGAGGACCGAGGAAGCCCUGGGUAAUGACAAUUCUGAGCAGACUCUGCAUACCCCCUCUUACCUACCCGAGAACUGCGAGCCUCCACUGGCCUCCAGUGCUUCCCCCCACUCGGAGGGCCCCCUCCCUGUGACCCAGUCAGUGGGUGCCUUCCCAUUUCCUGAGACCCAGGUUGGAGAGGUUGUGACCAAAUCCCUUGUUCUAGAGGCAGUGGACACAGAUGAGGAUGGGGAAGAAGACGCCUUUGAUGAUGCCCGCCAAGGCUCUCCGGGGGAGAACGGGGGCCAAGAGAUGGGAGAGGCCCCUCAGGGACUUGGGCAAGAAGCCGAGGGGGCUGCAAGUCCCCGGACUCCUGAGACUGCCUCCCUCCCAGGCAGCCCUGCCCCAAGCCCACGCUGCUUUAAGCCCUACCGGAUGAUCACCCCAUGCUACAUCAAGACCACCACUAGGCAGCUCAGCUCACCCAAUCACUCACCUUCCCAGUCCCCAAGCCAGAGCCCCAGGAUCCAGAGGCGGCUGGAGUCCUCCCUGAUCCGAGGGCAGAGAUCAGCUCUUGCUACCACAGCCCCCCAGGGUAAAAAGCACCAGGUUGAUGGCGGCCUUGGAGCCGGCCUCAGCCUCUCUGCAGACUGGACUGACGAGCUGAGUACCUGCGAGCCCAAAGAUGGGGAUUCCGCAGAUCUGCUAGAACGUGGGACCAUCUCGGAUGGUGUCAGCCAUUCCAGCCGGGUGUCCCUGGCCCUGGCCAGCAAGUCCUCUGGGUCUCAGGCGGCUGCAGAUGGUUUCCAGAACGUAUUCACAGGGCGGACUCUGCUGGAGAAGUUAUUCAGCCAGCAGGAAAACGGGCCUCCAGAAGAAGCAGAGAAGUUUUGCUCCCGGAUCAUCGCCAUGGGUCUUCUGCUUCCUUUUAGUGAUUGCUUCAGGGAACCGUGUGAUCAGAAUAUCCAGUCAAGCUCGGCUCCAUUCGAUCAAGAUCAACUUUACACCUGGGCUGCAGUUAGUCAACCCACACACUCACUGGAUUAUGCAGAAGAACAAUUUCCCAGAAGAAUUCCAUCUGCUUGGCCUCUAUCUAAACUUCCUGAUGAAGACAAGAGGCCCCAGGAUGCUGAAAUAGAAUCUCAAUCUGCUGUUUUGGAAACUCCAGAAAAAUGUUUAGAUGUUCUCCAGCAGGUUGUCAAGUUAUUAAGCAACAAAAGAUCUCAAGCGGUGGGAAUAUUGAUGUCUAGUCUUCAUUUAGAUAUGAAAGAUAUACAACAUGCUGUUGUGAACUUGGAUAAUUCUGUGGUUGACCUGGAGACACUCCAAGCUCUCUAUGAGAAUAGAGCACAGUCAGAUGAGCUGGAAAAGAUUGAGAAGCAUGGCCGAUCAUCCAAAGACAAGGAAAAUACCAAGUCUCUGGAUAAACCUGAACAGUUCCUUUAUGAACUGUCACUUAUCCCCAACUUCUCAGAGCGCGUGUUUUGCAUCCUCUUCCAAUCAACAUUUUCAGAAAGCAUUUGUUCCAUCCAUCGCAAACUAGAAUUACUACAGAAAUUGUGUGAGACAUUAAAAAAUGGUCCAGGGGUGAUGAAGAUUCUGGGUUUGGUUCUGGCCUUUGGCAAUUACAUGAAUGGUGGAAAUAAAACCAGAGGACAAGCAGAUGGCUUUGGAUUAGACAUUCUUCCAAAGCUUAAAGAUGUCAAGAGUAGUGAUAAUAGCAGAAGUCUUUUGUCAUAUAUUGUUUCAUAUUUUCUUCGAAAUUUUGAUGAGGAUGCUGGAAAAGAACAAUGUGUUUUUCCACUCCCAGAACCCCAAGACCUUUUUCAGGCCUCUCAAAUGAAGUUUGAAGAUUUUCAGAAAGAUCUUAGAAAAUUAAAGAAAGACUUGAAAGUCUGUGAGGUUGAAGCAGGGAAAGUGUACCAGGCAUCCUCAAAAGAACAUGUUCAGCCUUUCAAAGAUAACAUGGAACAAUUUAUUAUUCAAGCUAAAAUUGACCAAGAGACAGAAGAAAAUUCACUGACAGUGAUACAUAAAUGCUUUUUGGAGACUACAGCUUAUUUCUUCAUGAAACCAAAAAUUGGAGAGAAGGAGGUGUCCCCAAAUGUUUUCUUCAGUAUCUGGCAUGAAUUCUCCUCUGACUUUAAAGACUUUUGGAAGAAAGAAAACAAACUUAUUCUACAAGAGAGAGUAAAAGAAGCUGAAGACGUGUGCAGGCAGAAAAAGGGAAAAUUAUUAUAUAAAAUAAAGCCAAGACAUGACUCUGGAAUUAAAGCAAAGAUAAGCAUGAAAACCUGAACAGUGAAAAAGCAGAAUGGAAACUAGUCAUGUAACCACUUCCCCCAAAUUCAGCUGACCUGACUGAUAGCAGGAAGGAGACUACAUCAUUCUAACCAUUUUCUUCUUCACCUUUUGCAUGGUUUUUGAGCUGUUCACUGGUUGUUAAAUCUUGCUAUAUAUUCAUAAAAAAUAAAAAAGCAGUCGAAAAGUGAUGAAUUUUGACACCUUUUCUUUGUGUAAAAGUUUAUGGUAUUAUACCAAUAGACUAAAACAGCAUGUAGGAAAGGCAGUAUCUGCAUUAAUUCUGAACAUGCUAAACAUUCAAAUAAAAUUCACUUUUGUGAGACCAUUCCUUAUCAUAGCAAAACACAUUCCUCUCUGUAACAACCUGUACUUCACAUCACUGCUUUUAGAUUUAUGGGUAAAAUGUUAUUUCUGGUGAAUUGUUUGUAUUGGUUUCACAUAACAUGUACAUUUUCUAUUUUAAAGUUUAUGAACUGUUUCUAUUACAUAAUCAACACUUUCCCAACUCUUUGGUUUUAUUCCAUAGCUAAAUAUUUCUGAAAGGAAGAUUAUCAUAUUUUACUUUAUUCAAGUAAGAUAAUUAAUAGAAAAAGAGCAUAGCAGAAGUAAAAUCCUUUCCUAAUAAAGUAUUUAAUAUAGUCAAAAGUCAGUUUUAAGUUUAAUGAGGGUCCUAGUCAGAAUAUAUACUUUUUGACCCUACAAAGAGCUAAUCAUUAGCAGAAGUAAGAAAUUAAAGAUGUACUUAUUCAUAACUUUUACCAUUACUCUUCACAAAGAAAAUAUGUUCCAAUAUUCAAAGGAAUUUAAAUACAUUAUAGCAUAAAAUUUACAAACAAAAGUAAUUAUUUGGAAAACCAUGUUUUUGCUGAAUGAGAUCUAAACAGAAAGAGUUAAAUAUAGCUGACUAUUUUUACAUGAUUGAAGUUGGACAUAGAAAAUACAGGAAAUGCCCUUGUUAUGUAUUAUGGCAGGUGAUUCAAAGCUGUGAAAUGAGGAUGUCGUGAUUUAUCAUCUGAAGGAAUUAAGAAAAGGAUUUGAUUUAACUUCAUAAAGGAAAAAAAUGUAAGAAAUAAAAUCUCACAUCCUUAUGACUGUACAUUAAAACCAGCCCAUGAGGCAUUGUAGUGGUUUUGUUUAGCAUUGAUUUUUUUAAAAAGACCAUUGUAAUGAUAUUUGUUGGGAGUUAUGGUGUAGAUAAAGGAAUACAUUAUGGCUGUUGUAAACCAACUAUGAGAACUUACUUAAAAAGAAAAACUAUUCUGAGUCAUCAGCAUUUCUGAAUUUAUAUAAAGUAUGGUGACUUUCAUUUAGGUGUUUAAUUGUUUUUGUUGUCCUUUUGUAUUCUUCCCAGCCUCUCCGGUCUCCUCACUGUAUAUUACCAUUGUUUUAUGAAAUAAUAGGGCAUUUAACAAAGAUUGCUAUGUGCAAUACUCUAUUUAGUGUUUCUAUUUCAAAUUUUCUAGAAUGUUAAUUUAUAUGAAAAUAAAUAAAUGAAAAUA